UACGGAUAAAAGCUUUGCUAAAACAUAGAAAGAUCAUUAAUUCUUUUAGAAGAACGACUAUUAAUAUUUUUAGAAAAAGCGAGAUCAUGGAUUUACAUCGCCUUUGGAACUUCUGUGCAAUAAUUCUGGGCUGGUUCGCGGUAUUUAGUGCUGUCUCUCUUUUAGUAGGCAUUUAUUAUACCUAUGUGCUGGAGUUCUGUAUAUUUACAGUGACAUCACUUGCUGAGAAAGUGAUCUACAUGGUGUUUUAUCACAUCUUUUUCAUCAUGUUGGCAUGGUCAUAUGGAAUGACCAUACUUAAUCGUCCUGCUACCCCAUCUAAGGAGUUUGACUUAUCGGACAUUGAGCAGGGCCAAUUUGUAAGGCAGGAGAAGCAAGACUUUCACCAGGACAUUCUCCAGUGCAUUGCUAAAGAGCUGCCUAUUUACACAGUGACAAAGAAUGGAAACAUCCGAUACUGCCGCAUAUGCAACCUAAUGAUGCCAGACCGAUGCUACCAUUGUUUAGCCUGCAACAAGUGCGUGCUUAAGCAUUACUCUCACUGCUUUUUGGUCAACAACUGUGUAGGAUUUUCAAACUACAAGUACUACUUCCAGCUGUUAUUUUACGUUAUGCUGCACUGCCUAUUCGUCUGCACUACAGGACUUCAGUAUGCAAUGAAGUUUUGGACUCAGGAGCUGCCAUACACCGAUGCAAAAUAUCCAAUCCUUUACAUGGUUGGAGUGAAUGCAGUUCUACUUCUUUUCAUAGUGCCAAUCUUUAUCUAUCAUUGCUGGCUUGUUGGAAAAAACAGAACCUCUGCAGAAAACUGCAAGCCUCUUUUCUUCCGCAAUAUUCCAACGAAUAUGGGCUUUUCUCUUGGUUUGAGCAAGAAUCUGAAAGAGGUGUUUGGUGAAGAGAAGAAAUAUUGGUUACUCCCUGUGUAUACUAGGAAAGGUGACGGAUGCUCUUUUCCAACUGGUUAUGAGAGAGAGAACCCAGAGCAAAACGGCAUUGACUUUUAAAUAGGUUAUAAAACAGGAUUUUUUCUUCAAAAAUUGGUUGAAACCAGAGGACUAUCACGGUGCAUUGCUGCAACAACGCAUCGAUUAGAUGAGAGAAACCAAGACAAUAGCACUUCUCAUACAAAUCUGUCCAUAUAUGGAAUAUCUAUCAACAUUCAAAAAAUAUUUCUAAAUAAAACACAUUUAUUUCUUUCA